GGCCCGCCCUCUCGGCUCCCUCGCCUUCCUAUAAGAGAGCGAGGCAAUCGCGGCGGCCAGGUCGGGUCUCCUGUUUGCGAGGUUUCCUUACGCCCCGGGUAUGGCAACCGAGGACUUGGCCGCGCCGCCCUCCCCGCGGAAAGGGGGACGCUGCCCCGCAGUUAAAGCUGGAGGGAUGAGAGUUUCCAAGAAACUGGAGAAUGUACCUGUUGAAAGAAGUUCCAAAUUCUCUGGGAAGGAGAAGGCAAAGGGCCAUCCCCCAUCUGCUCCAGGGAACAAUACGGUCAGUUCUGCUAGUAUCCAAAAAAUGCAGAGCAUGGGUUUCUUGCUGGCAGACACACUGGAGAAACUUGCACAUAAACUUCCACCGGCUGCCUCACAAGUAGCACAUCAAAAGCCACGGCCUACCCUGGAGAAGAUUAUAAUGCCCAAAAGAACGUACAUUAUUCAACAGCCUUGGAAAUGCUAAAACGUGUAGAGUAAAAUAUUCAUAUAUUUGACAGACACCUUCUUAACUAACAGUGCUUUGCUAAGCAAGCUGUGAAUGGGCCAAAUGGUUCUGACAGUUUCUGUUUUGUAUUUCUCUUGCAAUAAAAACUGCGUACAUUU